ACGAGGCAGUGCCUCCCCAAGUCUGUCGAUUUUUUGUCCUCUCUGCCUUGACACCUUGCCUUAAAGGCUUCAACGCGCUAACGGCUAAGGUGAUCUUAUCUUCGAACUUCCUCUACUCCAAAACACAGGCACAGCCGAAAAGAAAGAAGAAGACUCUAGUCUAGUCUGCCAAAGGAAAUGGCCUCUACAUCGUCAAUGCAAAUGGCACACAGUCCUCGCCUUGUUAUUCAGGGUAGUUAUGAACAAGAUUUUUUGAAUACAAGCAGGCCACAUAAGAUAUCUACCAUCAGAAAUGCCCGGGGUGGUUACUCUCAAACUCCAACCUUGAACUGCCUUGGAAGAGCAUUGACAUCAAGAUCUCACUAUGCAUCGAAAUUCCCUAUCAUACGGCUUCCUAAAGCACCUUAUAUUAAGAAUCAGAGAAUGGCAUGCGCCAACUCAAUGGCAAAUGAUGUUGAUCUACAAGCAAAAGUGACGACCAAGUGUUUCUUUGAUGUUGAAGUUGGGGGUGAACUUGUGGGUAGAAUUGUAAUGGGCCUUUUUGGAGAUGUUGUCCCAAAAACUGCUGAGAACUUUCGUGCCUUGUGCACAGGAGAUAAAGGGUAUGGUUACAAAGGAUGCUCCUUCCAUCGUAUUAUCAAAGAUUUCAUGAUCCAGGGUGGUGACUUCACGAGAGGAGAUGGAACUGGAGGAAAAAGCAUAUAUGGUUCUAGUUUUGAAGAUGAGAGCUUUUCCUUGAAGCAUGUUGGACCUGGUGUUUUGAGCAUGGCAAAUGCAGGUCCCAAUACCAAUGGGAGCCAGUUUUUCAUUUGCUCAGUAAAGACUCCAUGGCUGGACAACCGCCACGUUGUCUUUGGACAUGUCAUUGAUGGAAUGGAUGUUGUGCGCAAGCUUGAAUCUGUAGAGACAAGCAGGUCAGAUAAUCCUCGGAAGCCAUGCAGAGUUGUUAAUUCUGGGGAGCUACCGCUAGAUAGCUGAUUAUUGUAUUCUCGAAGAUCAUGUCAACAACCCUAGAGACAUGGUUUCUCAUAAUCAUUGAGAAAAUUCACGAGCAAUCACCCCCUUGAUUUCGCAUUAGUUUUGGGAAACUUCAUCCGCGGCUCAGAGAAAUAUGAGCUAUGUUUUGUAAGCUCAUGGUAGGAAGAGAUUUUUUACAUAUAGUACUGUUAAGUGAACAUAAAUGCCAGAUAUCCUUUGUAUCAAACUUGCAGCUCAACAAAGUCUUUUCAAAUAAGAAUCCCAACCACGUUUCACUA